AUGUUACUGUUGCUGCCAAAAAGAUCCGUUACAAGCCCUACCCUGUUCGAUUGCGCAUCGAAUACUCAAAGAAUGGGCUCACAGUCUACGUUGACGGUAUGCAGCAAACUACGAGAUAGAGCUUUGAUGAGAGCUGAAAACAUCGUUUUGCCUCGCGACGGUUCUUUCGGAAUGUCCAAAGCCACUGGUGGCCUUGCUGAACCACGAUGUCGCUGGCUUCUCCUGUUGAUCAUUUGGGUAAAAUUCGGAUGGAGUUCGAGCGCCGUAGUGGAGCCAGGAGUUGCAUCUGACUACUGGAAUCAAGGUCGUCUGAUCCAGCCAUGGGCCAACUAA